CAGUAACCGAACAGACAUGUCCACAAAUCACAAAAUAAGAAAAGCUAUGCGCGAUCUGCGGAUGCUACGGGCUCCGCUGUACGUGUGACCUCGCUGCUUGCACGAAUGAUCAUUUGGCUCGCAGAGUCGCUAACAAAAGGAAUGUCCUUGUUCUCACGCUGUGCCCCGCUUCUAGAUCUCUACCUCACAACCUCCUCGAAGAACACCAACUCUUAUUGUCGACAACAGAUUAUGUGCGGCGUUGGAGUGGUUGUAUACACCGCCGUUAAAGAUAGCGGUUGUGUCCUUGCUAAUACUAGAGGUGAUCAAGGCCUUUCCACCUGGGUGGUCCUUAAUGAAAUCGGAGAUAUUAUGAACAAUACUAGCAACUGCAAUAAGAGCACGACCGUUCUUGGCUUCGGUUUGGUAAUCAUCCCAGUUAAUAAUUGGCAAUUGCUUAAGAGGAGUACCCUAGUCGAGAGUCUGCUUCUUCUGAUUAAGCUUCUUCUGUAUCUGCUGAAGACGGCCCUUCUCGAUCUCGUUCUGCUUGAAUUGCUUGAGAUCAUAGGCGAGGCCGAGCUUCUUCUAGAUCUAGAUAGACUACUUCGUUGGGUUAUAUUGAUACUAUUCGAUAGAAUUGCGGUAAUCUAAAGGGAACUCGUGGUGGAAGUUAUGGUAACCCUCACCUAAAGUGAUAAGAGCGGUGAAGAUGUGGUCGCGAGGAGAGUUGCGGUUAUCAAAUGGCUGGUCACCGAGCUAGUGAGCCAAUGAGUUGAUAUAGAAAGUGGCUUGUUGGACGAAGAAGAUUCGUACAAUGCUAGCGUAGAUGAACCUACCCAUCCAGUCUCCCCAACUAAGGCCGGUCACGAGGCAAGGUAAUAUCAUGCCUAUGAAGAUAACAGUCUUGAUGUAGUUGCGAUGCUGCCAAACAACGACCGGAUUAUCGUUCAAGUCGGAGAUAUCGGUGCGACUAAUGCGCUUCG